AUGGAUGAGCUACUAUCAUCUCUAAUUAACAUUCGCGUAAAUGAAGAGUUAAAAACCAGUAUUAAUAUUGGUGAUAGAUUAUUUUAUAAAAUUUGGAAUAAUAUAUUUUUAAGAAAAGAAAUUCAUAAACAUCUUUUGAAGUUUAUUUUAUAUAGUGUUGUAGAUCUUGAUAUAUCGAGUUAUGGCCAGUAUAAAGAUAAAUCAUAUAUAACAACACUUAAUUGGUAUGGUGAUCAACUACCAGAUAAAAAUGAAUUUCCACCAUUUUUGACAAAUUUAAAUCUCCACCGUUUUGAUAACAUUUUAGCUCUAACAACUUUACCAAAUACAAUUACAUUCACACUCAAAUUUAGUGAUAGAUUUAACCAAGUAGUUCCACCUGGCUCAUUACCAAAUAGUCUCACAACACUCACAUUCGGUGAUUAUUUUAACCAAGUAAUUCUACCCGACACAUUACCAAAUAGUAUUACAACACUCACAUUCGGUGAUAAUUCUAACCAAGUAAUUUCAUCCGGUACAUUACCAAAUAGUCUCACAACACUCACACUCGGUGGAUUUAACAAAGUAGUUUCACCCGGCACAUUACCAAAUACUCUCACAACACUCAUAUUCGGUGAUGAAUUUAACCAAGUAAUUCCACCCGGCACAUUACCAAAUAGUCUUACAACACUCACAUUCGGUGGUGCAUUUAACCGACUAAUUUCACCCGGCACAUUACCAAAUAGUCUCACAACACUCACAUUCGGUGAUUGGUUUAACCAAGAAAUUUCAUCCGGUACAUUACCAAAUAGUCUCACAACACUCACACUCGGUGGAUUUAACAAAGUAGUUUCACCCGGCACAUUACCAAAUACUCUCACAACACUCACAUUCGGUGAUUAUUUUAACAAAGUAAUUCCACCCGGCACAUUACCAAAUAGUCUCACAACACUCACAUUCGGUGAUAAUUUUAACCAAGUAAUUUCACCCAGCACAUUGCCAAAUAGUCUCACAACACUCACAUUCGGUCGUAGAUUUAUCCGAGUAAUUUCACCCGGCACAUUACCAAAUAGUCUCACAACACUCACAUUCGGUGAUGAAUUUAACCAAGUAAUUCCACCCGGCACAUUACCAAAUAGUCUCACAACACUCACAUUCGAUUAUAGAUUUAACCAAGGAGUUCUACCCGGCACACUACCAAAUAGUCUCACAACACUCAAAUUCGGUGAUGAAUUUAACCAAGUAAUUCCACCCCGCACAUUACCAAAUAGUCUCACAACACUCACAUUCGGUUAUAAAUUUAACCAAGUAAUUUCACCAGGAACAUUACCAAAUAGUCUCACAACACUCACAUUCGAUGAUAGAUUUAACCAAGGAUUUCUACCCGGCGCACUACCAAAUAGUCUCACAACACUCACAUUCGGUUAUUGUUUUAACCAAGUAAUUUCACCCCGCACAUUACCAAAUAGUCUCACAACACUCACAUUCGGUGAUGGUUUUAACCAAGUAAUUCUACCCAGCACAUUACCAAAUAGUCUCACAACACUCAAAUUCGGUGGUUUUUUUAACCAAGUAAUUCUACCCGGCACAUUACCAAAUACUCUCACAACACUCAAAUUCGGUGGUUUUUUUAACCAAGUAAUUCCACCUGACAUAUUACCAAAUACUCUCACAACACUCACAUUCGGAAGAAAAUUUAACCAAGUAGUUACACCCGGCACAUUACCAAAUAGUCUCACAACACUCACAUUCGGUGAUAAUUUUAACCAAGUAGUUACACCCGGCACAUUACCAAAUAGUCUCACAACACUCACAUUCGGUCGUGGUUUUAACCAAGUAAUUCCACCCGUCACAUUACCAAAGUGA